UGUGUGUUGCCAGCCUCUCUUGUUACCGGCUUUUCUCGGACGUCCCUUCAACUCUCGGGGCUUCCACAUUCUUCCCAGAAGAGAGCUCUCUUCUCGUGAUUGCUGACAUCGGCGUGGCUUGUUUUGUUGCGCCUAUUUGCGCAGGAUUUGGGUGUGCAGAGCGGGAGUGUGAUGGUUCGGCACGGGUGUGCGGUUUAGGAGGAUAGGGUUGCUCCCGAGGGUGGAUUUGCUGCAGGGGAGGACGGAGAGAAGGGAGGGAGGCGGAGAGAGGAUUACCCUGCACGCGUAAUAGUAGUAGUAUUAGUAUUUGUAGUAGUGCGUGUGUGUGUGAGUGUUGAAUGGAAAUGUCGGUAUCGCGGUCAUGUGGAGCAUUGAAGCGUGGAGAGCGAAGUGAGGCGCAGGACGAUUUGUGAAGGUGGCGUGGUGUGACUGUCGCGGGAAUAGAGCAGGCACUUUACCCUUGUCGCGACCAGCAGUAUUUUACGGUAGAGUUCCGUUGUCAGCUACGGCGAUGGGGAGACUGGAGCUCCGGGAGGAGCAGAGUGUGAGGGGUGUGUUGAAGCAGGCGGGCCACUUAUGGCGCAUGUGUUUGGUUCCUAUCUGCAUCCUUGCCUUGGUCUCGGCCUUUUACUAUUAUGCUAUGGAGACGUUCGCGCUGAGUCGAGGGCUUGCCUUCGCUCAGCUUGAUGGCAACUAUAGCUUUGCCAAUUCUUCACUGGGUCAUGCUCGCAAUUCUCAAGAUCUGAAGAUAUCUCGAGAGAGUUUCGAAGGUAGUCUUAAAGAAGGUACGGAGGACAAGGGCUUCGUGGCAAGACACCUAGCUAUGUUCCUCUCCUCUUUUGAUGAAGCUAUCAUGGAAAGCUUGGCAGAUUCCAGGGAAAAAAUGUCAAUGCAUGAAACUAGGGCGUCAAAUUCAAGAACGGCCUCUUUAAAGCGGGAUGCCUUGCAUGCCAACUACGCAACUCAAGUCUCUGAGGGUCCUCAAACUACUGCGGAUAUCCCGACUCAUAUGGGAGCAGAGGAAAUCCCAGAGGAAACGAUCAAUGCCAACGGUGCUGGUGACAUGGAGCCCCUUCCCAAGUUUUCCCUUAAGUUGAGAGUUUUGGGGAAGAAUGAAAGUACCGAGUUCGAGGAUACGUACGAGGAAAAAGUUGGUUUAGUUGUACCCUCUGCUCGUUUGAUGGGAGGGAGGAAUGUUGACCGACCAGUUCCUCAGUUAGGUCUUACCUUGCUCUUUAUGCUGAGCGUGCUAGCAGGCGCUUUUAUGGCAUUUUGUGCCGUGAUUAUGUUGCAACAUGCGGCUCUUUUGGGAACGGUUGCCUACAGCGUUAUCAGUGCGUAUCUGGGCAAACAAGUUGGAGUGGUUCGAGCUGUGAAAUCUGGUUUACGUUUGGGAAUGAUCCGAUUGAUAUGGCUUGGUAUUCUUCAUGGGACUUUCCGGGACUUGAUGUCUUUGUUCAUCAUGAAGUCCUUUGUUGGGGGUGGAGUUCUGGAGCCAGAGAAAGCAGAGCGGCUUGUGCUCCGACUGUCUAUGAUGCCAUUCUCGUUUCUAGCGCCCUUCAAGGAUGUUGAGGCUACUAGCUUGGCAUUGGCCGCACGGAUUGGAGGACUUGUGAGCGUGGAUUAUAUGCUUGAAGGAGCUAUCUCAUGUAUCUACGUCAUGGCAUGUUGGGUGACUAUUAUGGAGAGGCAAUACUGGGGGUUUUCUGCACUAUCACGAGGAUGGAAGUUGGUCUCCAAUAUGCAGCACCAGGUGCUAGCUGUCAAGCUUCUAGAGAGUAUUUUAUGCGGCAGAAGUGCUCGCUGGGUUCUGUCUCAAUUUAUGGGGCCCUUCCUUUCGAUGUUGGUCGUUUCGGUUGGCCAAUUGUACUUCAUUAUAUGUUGGCUGGUCUUAUAUCUGUCAGCUCGUUGCAAGCUUGAUACGAACCCUCGAUUCAGUCUUGGUGUUUUAGAGGAUUUUUUGGACAGAGUCAGAUGAAAGGUAUCGGAAGAUUUGCAGUCCAGUUGCUUUUUCAAGACAAGCUCUGAAUCUAUAUCAUGAUGGUGUCCCUACUUGCAUUCUGGUGUGGAAACUGGAUUAAAAUCUGGGCAGUCUUGGAUGCAGAGCUUUUCAGUAUCUGAUUGCUUUCACUCAUCUCUUUGAAGAUCCCACAUUAAAAUGUAGUGAUGGAAACAUCAAGUCCUUGACAAAAACUCACGACUAGAUAUAUGAACUAUUUGUAGAGCACUUGUUAGCAUCUACAGUCCAUAAUUUUGUGGUGGAUCAUACUAUGUGAUUCUCUCUCUAUAGUUUAUCUAUAAGUCUCGAAAGCAGUUUCUGGGCGCUAGGGAAUUGUCUUGCUGGAGUUUGUGGCUCGAAGAGGGGUUUUUUUUCCCCAGUAUUAGACAAGUUCUAUUCAGAUAUUAAGAGGGUGAAAAAGUUACAAUGGUUAUAUAUCUUUUUGAAUUUGAGGCAUACUGCUGGAAUAUCUUUCUGAGGAAAUUAAGAAUGCUCAAGAAAGAUUCCUGCAGUUGAAGCCUUGCACACGAUUUUUCCAAAUCAAGGUGUUAAACUCAAUUUUAUCAUUCCGCUUAUGCUCUGUGGGUACUGCGCUUGGAAGUACUGCAUUUACUUUUUCAUUUAUUUAUCGAUAGUUCUUGUUCAGCAGGCUGUUGGACUCGUGGCAUGAGCAUCUAGUAACCUGCGCACAUACACUCGGAACCACUCUACUUUGAGGAAAGUUGGGGAAAUAGUGCAGCAUGUAGUGGUAAAUAUUGGAUGUAGAAUGUCCUUAGGUGUUGAUUUGAACUGGUUUUGUGUAAGAGCUUUUUUUCGAAGCUACAUAGUGUUGCUUUUACAAGUUCUAGGUGAGGGCUACUUAAGAUAGAUUCAUCUUGUCACUACAGUUGGGCUGCUAAAACGCAUCUCUCGUUUAACAAUUCAUGAAGCUUUGGUGCUGCCAAAGACUUUGACCAUCUUUUUCAAAAAUGAAUUUUGAGCAUUUUUUGACUUCCAU